UGGAGGUAGCAUCCUCACUCAGUGCUGUGUUAGUUGCACUCUGUGUAGCGUGGAGGUAGCAUCCUCACUCAGUGUUGUGUUAGUUGCACUCUGUGUAGCGUGGAGGUAGCAUCCUCACUCAGUGUGACAACGUGUGUUUCCUGACGAACAAGACAUCACCACUACCAGUGUUAGGAAACACUCGUCCUGUUUCCUGACUAACAAAGCACCAACACUACCAGUACCGGACGUGUAGCUACCACCAUUACUUCCUGUCUUCCUCAACAUCCUACAAUACAUACAGUGUUAUUCUCAAGACGACUCUUGUUAUACACCAAAUAAUAUAUACUUAAUAUUCCCUACUGAACUUGAAACAAUGAACUUAUCUCUUAAAGAACUCUAAAGUACUAAAAAAUGUCCAUUCAUACUGCCUAUACUGAAACAAGUGGAUGUUGAUGUGUUAAUAUUCCUACAGCUGGGAUAACAAGGUUAUAUUAUCCACACUGUUCUGGUGUUAUCUGUGAGGAUAAUGAAGAACUCACUCAGGAUAUGGCCUUUCUUUAAGAGAAGGGGCCAUGCUGUAGGAGAAUGCACUGAGAUGAGUGACAACCAAGAACAACAAUUACCUCUGACACUCAAUGCUGGUAGUUGUCGUGGACACUGUACACUGCUGCUGGGCCUGGAGGAAGGUACCACACAAGAUGUACAACUUACGAUGAAUGGUGCCACCAUCACCACCUCUAGCAUGGCUGCAUUCACACACCACCACCAACAGUUUGAUUGUUCUGACACCACCAUGCAUCCUAUCUUCCUAGCUAUCAAGAUGGGUGACAUGGGAGUCCUACAGGAUAUCCUACAGAAAGAUCCCAAGGUUGUCAACAGUGCCAGGUAUGGUGGCUCCCUCCCUCUCCAUGCCUCUUGUGGCACCAAGGACAUCUGGGUCUUAAAAGAGCUACUCAACCAUGAUGCUAAGGUGGGUGAGGUGAAUGGUCUGGGUCAGACGGCAUUACACCUGGCUGUGAGUGUAGGCUGGCAUGAGGGUGUAGCUCAGCUGCUGCAGCAGGGUGCUUCACCUGAUAUGAUGAGCAAGCCUCCGCCCACCAUCAAAGGAGUACGUGUGGAGACUCCUCUACACAGUGCAGCACGGCGUGGCGACCUCACUUCCACUGUGCUGUUGUUGCAGCACGAUCCAGACCUCAUGCUGAGAGACAGUGACAAUUGUUCCGUCCUUCACUUGGCUGCCCAGUCUCGCAGUCUUCAAGUCAUCCAUUACCUUCUCCAAGACAAGAGGAGUCACAGACUAAUGACCGGGUGUGACUAUGAGGGCAAUAGUGUGCUCCAUAAGGCUCUACUGAUGGACUGUGAUGCAGGCAAGGAGUCCACAGUGCAGGAGAUCGUAGAGGAACUCGUCAAGGCCGGCGCUAAUGUCAAUGCCAUGAAUAAACGGAGCGAGUCUCCGCUUUUUUUGGCUGCACAUCAUCGUAUGCCAAAAGUAGUAGAGGCACUGGUUUCCCUUGGGGGGGACCCUACACUGGUGACUCAGCGAGGACAGUCAGUAUUACACGCUGCCUGCCACCGGGGCUGUACCACCUGUCUUGACACCCUCUUAGCCACCAGCCAUGUACAACAUCUAGUUACAGCACCAGACAAUGAAGGUCGGGAACCUUUCCAUUAUGCUGUGCACAGCGGAUCCAUCGAUUGUUGUGAGCUGCUCCUCAACCAUGGCGACCACUUGACACGAGUAGACAGAGACGGUGUAUCACGUUGUUCUCUCAUCCUCGAGCAUCUCCCUUCUGCGACUCAGCUCCUGAGACGCCUCUUUGACGUCCAUGUCCGUCUCUCCAACAAUGCAAAACACGAUGCAGACUUCAGAGUCACCUUUGACUAUUCCGUCUUGUCCUCAGAGAAGGAAGGCAUCCAGAGUUCCCUCGUGUCAGAGCUCACAAACUCGCGUCUAGAGCCUCUUCUCAAGCACCCACUUUUGGAGAGUUUUCUCUUUAUUAAGUGGCGUAAAAUCAAACCUUUCUUUUACUGUAGUGUCUUAAUUUAUUUUUUAUUUCUCCUUAUGCAUACUAGUUUUAUAAUAAUAACAUAUGGCGGUAACUCGUGGAAGUGGCAGGAGCACACCGAUAGCCUUGCCAUAUUUUUCAUUCUACACAUUACAAUGUUUUUGCUGAUUCUUAUCCCCGAUAUGAUCAUCAUGUUUGCUAACUUUAAAAAAUACAUAAGACAGUGGGAGACACUGACCAAGACCAUUGCUCUGGGGAGCUCUGCCGUUGUUGUCUUUUCUCACAUCAUUCCUCUCGAUGGUAUUAUAGAAGUGUCAGACAAUCUCCGAACAAAUGAUAUGGCAAAUGACACCAUGAACCAGUCAAGCACAUACGGAAGCUUCUUACAAAAUGUGACAUACAGUGUAUUCUUCGUGGAAAAAUACACUGACAGCCACAUCGAGAAUCCAGUUGUGCGGCGCUCUGCCGCUAUUUCUGCGUUCUUUUGUUGGGUUGAGUUCAUGAUGUUACUGGGUCGCUUUCCAUCUCUCGGCACCUACGUCCUCAUGUUCUCCCGUGUGGCCCAGUCCAUCACUAAGUUUAUUGCAGCUUUCUUCAGCCUUAUCAUAGGCUUUGCUAUAAGCUUCAUGGUUUUAUUUCAUAAGAAAGAGGCUUUUAUAAGCUUCCCUCACAGCCUGGUGAAGACUCUCAUGAUGAUGAUUGGUGAGAUUGAUUACAGCAACUUGAUGGAGGAUCUUGAGAUGCCAAUCAUAACCUGCCUCUUCUUGGUCUUGUUCUUGUUCCUGGUGUGUGUGCUGAUGGCCAACCUCCUGAUUGGUCUGGCUGUAAAUGAUAUUCCGGACCUUCAGCGCCAGGGCAAGAUCAAGAGGUUAUCAAAGCAAGCCUCUUACUUGGUAUCUUAUGAGAAGCUGAUGCUUGUAGCCCGUGCCUUACGCUGCUUCCCCCGUCAGCUGCGCAUAAUGAUGAGCAGCCGCUGCAGAAUCCCUCAGGUUGUUCAUGUUCUGCCAAACAGACACCGCGGAUCUUCCCGCAAGAAUGUAGAACAGUAUGUUCCCUCAGAGACACUCCAGGAAGCAAUCCUUCUCGGUAACCGUGAAGUUACAAAUGACGACAUGAACAACACUGAAGAGAAUGAUCUGCUGGUACAGUUUAAAUCAUUCAAGUUAAAAUACACUCAUGAUUGUGAGACUUUGAAUCAUAGGUUAGCACAGCUGCCAGACAGUACUGCUACAGAGAAAAUUCUCAAAGAGCGCCUCGAUCAAAUUGUGCAAAUAGUGCAAAACCAGUUAAUGCAACUCUCUUUGCAGAUUCAGCAACAUAACCAGAACUGCAAUACCCAGCAGUUAAUAACAGUACCACUGCAACAUUUAAGAGAGCCAUCACUGCAGACACAGCAGUACUGCACAGGUGUUGUGAGUGGGAUGCAACACAGUGGUGAUUGUCAGAGAGGCAGUACAAGUUCACUUCAACAGCCUCUUGGUACAGAGUAAAUACCUCAACACUUCGUUCACUCUAAGACAGAAUCCCAGCAGUCUCUUCUUGCAAUCCUACCUCAACUUGUUCAUACACAGUCAGUCUUUUCAAGUGUCCAAAGCCAGUCUGUGUCUCGGGUGUCUGUUCAACAAUAGUGUAUACAUGUAAAUAGUUCAUUACCACUGUAAUUUGUUCAGCUAUCAAAACUUAGCAGUUCAGCUACCAAAACUUGACAGGCACAUAAUGGGUCCAGUCCCUGCACCCAUUAUGUGCCUCUGUAAUGUUGAGGUACAGUUCUAGGACCCAUUUGCCUCUGUAAUCUUUUGACUAACACCCACAGGAUGGGUAUGGGGUGCAUAACAAAGAUAUCUAACUAGAAGACUCAAGAACAGUGUCUCAGCAGUUUGUUCAAAUACAGUCAAUACCUCAAUAGUAUACUGACAACAGUUGGUGUCUUAAAAGACUAUUCUCAUCCAGUGGCCCACCUGAAGCUUGACCUGUUAUGGGGUCACCUUCGCAACCAGCAACAGCUAGCCUACAUUUUAAUUUUUACCUAUUAUUUUGUAAUGAAUUACACUAUAUUAUUAUUAUUUUCUAAAAUCCCCUUCUCGUGCAGCAGACCCAAUAUUUUUAAGCAAUGUGGACUAAAGUGGCUUCUGGGCCCCUCCUGGAUUAGGAGCCAUGAAGCUUAAGAUUCAUUAGUUUCAUAGUAGAGCCUCCCCUGUCCUCAUCCAGUCAGUGCAGUGUGUUUCACCAGAUUAACAACACAAGAA